AUGUCGAAUAAAAUUACUACGUCUCUUCAUACAUUACCGGUAGAACUGGCCUAUCGGAUUCUUGACAAGCUCGAUGUACUCGAUAUUUUCUGGUCAUUACGAAACGUUUGUACACGUAUCAACACAAUCGUGGAUACGUAUUAUCCAUAUCAGAUGCUUACCACGCUGGACCUUCAUCACAAUCAAAUCGGAGCUGCUGGGACACAACAUCUCGCUGAUGUUUUACGAAAUAAUGCGACACUCACAACACUGAGUCUUUCGAAUAAUUCAAUCGGAGAUGCUGGGGCACAACAUCUUGCUGCUGCUUUAAGAAAUAACACGAAACUCACUACACUGGACCUUCAUUACAAUCAAAUCGGAGCGACUGGGGCACAACAUCUUGCUGAUGCCUUACGAAAUAAUAAAACACUCAUGACACUGAGCCUUUCCUAUAAUUCGAUCGGAGAUCACGGCACACAACAUCUUGCUGACGCCUUAAGAAAUAACACUACACUUACAAGACUGAGCCUUUCGACUGAUUCAAUCGGAGUUGCUGGAGUACAACAUCUUGCUGAUGUCUUACGAAAUAACUCUACACUCACCACAUUGAAUGUUCAAUCGAAUCAAAUCAGAGAUGCUGGAACAGAACAUCUCGCUGAUGUCUUACGAAAUAAUAAAACACUGACGAUACUGAAUCUUUCAAAUAAUUUAAUCACAGAUACUGGAGCACAACAUCUUGCUGAUGCUUUAAGAAAUAACACGACACUCACAACACUCACGCUUUCGAACAAUUCAAUCGAAGAUGCUGGGGCACAAUAUCUUGCUGAUGCCUUAAGAAAUAACUCUACACUCACGAUACUAAGCCUUUCGAGUAAUUCAAUCGGAGAUGCUGGGGCACAACAUCUUGCUGAUGCCCUACGAAAUAGCACGACACUCGUUACACUGGAUCUUGGUAGCAAUCAAAUCGGAGCGACUGGGGCACAACAUCUCGCUGAUGUCUUACGAAAUAAUAAAACACUUACGAGACUGAGCCUUUCACAUAAUCCGAUUGGAGAUGAUGGGACACAACAUCUUGCUGAUGCCUUAAGAAAUAACACUACACAUACUACCCUAGAUCUUCAUUUCAAUCAUAUCGGAGCGGUGGGUGCACAACAUCUUGCGAAUGCGCUAAGAAAUAACAAGACACUCACCAGACUGAGCCUUUCGAAUAACCGAAUUGGAGAUGCUGGGGCACAAUAUCUCGCUGAUGCCUUACGAAACAACAUUACACUCACCACAUUGAUCCUCGGUAAUGUUUUUGGUGGCAAUCUAAUCGGUGAUACUGGGGCACAAUAUCUCGCUGAUGCCUUAAGAAAUAACUCGACACUCAAGAAUUUGUUGGUGUUCUUUAACAAUAACAUUUCCUCAACUGUUCAAAAACAAUUGAAACGAGAAGACAAUAGAAUGAAAUAA